AUCUGAAUGAAUGAAGUCGUGGUUGGGUGGAGGCAAAUUCAACAAGGUUCCAAAUUUCCACUCGUGUAUAAAUUCAGAUCCGCACGUUAACCAAAUCGCAAUUCGCACUCCAGAGUCCUAUCGCUUUCCACGUAAGUCACACACCAGCUGCAGAAACAGAAACACUGAAUUCACCGCCGAUGGAGAUCGACGGCAACGUUCUCGCCGCCAAGUCGUUGGUCCGCUUCGGCGUGCGCCAUAUGUUCGGCGUGGUGGGAAUUCCGGUGACGUCGCUUGCAAACCGCGCUGUCGCCCUCGGCGUCCGAUUCAUCGCCUUCCACAAUGAGCAAUCUGCGGGCUACGCCGCCUCCGCCUACGGCUACCUCACCGCGAGCCCCGGCGUUUUCCUCACCGUAUCCGGCCCCGGCUGCGUCCACGGUCUCGCUGGCCUCUCUAAUGGCUCCGUCAACACCUGGCCCACCGUCCUGAUCUCCGGUUCCUGCGACCAGGCUGACGUCGGCCGCGGCGACUUCCAGGAACUCAACCAGAUCGAAGCCACCAAGCCUUUCUCCAAACUCUCCGUCAGAGCCUCUCACAUCUCCGAAAUCCCGGCCCGUGUGGCCCAAGUUUUGGACUGGGCCCAAUCAGGCCGGCCUGGUGGGUGCUACUUAGAUCUCCCCACCGAUGUCUUACAUCAAAAGAUAUCAGAAUCCGAAGCGGAAAAGCUCUUAACCGAAGCGGAAAAAAACCGCGCGAAACCCGAACCUUAUUCUAUUUCCAAUUCGAAGAUCGAAGAAGCUGUUUCUCUGCUUAGACGUGCGGAGAGGCCGUUGAUUGUGUUUGGAAAAGGAGCGGCGUACGCGCGUGCGGAACACGUCCUUACGAAGCUGGUGGAGACGACUGGAAUUCCGUUUCUCCCCACUCCGAUGGGUAAGGGGUUGUUGCCGGAUACUCACGCGCUUGCUGCCACCGCUGCUAGGUCACUCGCGAUUGGGAAGUGCGACGUGGCACUUGUGGUUGGAGCGAGGUUGAAUUGGCUUCUCCAUUUCGGUGAGCCACCGAAGUGGUCGAAGGAUGUGAAGUUUAUCUUGGUGGAUGUGAGUGAGGAGGAGAUUGAGCUGAGAAAACCUCACUUGGGUUUGGUGGGUGAUGCUAAGCACGUGAUUGAGGUUUUGAAUAAGGAGAUUAAGGAUGACCCGUUUUGCUUGGGGAACACGCAUCCGUGGGUGCAAGCUAUUUCCAACAAGGCGAAGGAGAAUGUGGCAAAGAUGGAGGUUCAGUUGAGGAAGGACGUUGUACCGUUUAAUUUCUUGACGCCUAUGAGGAUUAUACGCGAUGCUAUUGCGGGUUUAGGAAGUCCUGCUCCUAUAGUGGUUUCCGAAGGGGCAAAUACCAUGGAUGUGGGAAGGUCUGUGUUGGUUCAGACCGAGCCCCGGACGAGAUUGGAUGCAGGCACGUGGGGGACCAUGGGAGUUGGUCUUGGUUACUGCAUUGCCGCCGCUGUUGCUUCACCGGACCGGCUCGUGGUUGCCGUUGAAGGGGAUUCUGGAUUUGGGUUUAGUGCCAUUGAAGUUGAGACAUUGGUUCGCUACCAGCUUCCUGUGGUUGUGAUUGUUUUCAACAAUGGGGGUGUAUAUGGUGGCGACCGUAGACGCCCAGAAGAGAUAGAUGGACCUCACAAAGGUGAUCCUGCCCCUACAGAUUUUGUCCCAAAUGCAGGAUACCAUGCUUUGAUAGAAGCUUUUGGCGGAAAGGGCUAUCUUGUUGGGACGCCUGAUGAACUCAAGUUUGCUCUUUCAGAAUCGUUCUCUGCUCGGAAACCAGCUGUAAUAAAUGUUGUGAUCGACCCCUAUGCCGGUUCAGAGAGCGGGAGGAUGCAACACAAAAAUUAAUUUCACUUAGUUGCCAAAUGCUAUAUAGCAUCCUUUCGCUUAUUUUAUUUCUGGUUUUGAAUAACACAUCAAAUGUAAGGUUUUUCAUGCUUGAGUUAUCUGUUUCAGCAUAGCCAUCUUCAAGUAUAUUUUUAACUUCAACACAGUAAAUUUCUCCGGUACCCUCAAAUUUAAAAGGGUUUCAGUAUCCUUAAGUGGAUCAAUAGUAAUUUCUCGUCUGUACCUUAGCCAUCUCAUUGUUGGAUACGGCUUUUCAUGGUUUUGUUCAAGUUUUUAUGAAGGUUAAGACUAUAUUAAAUAACCAAUGGGUCAAGUUCAUGAUAUUCAACAGAUUGACUCCCUAUUCUGCAAACUCUUGGAAGAAAGUUGGAUUGCUAUCGAAACCACAGAUUGAACACUAAAGCUUUGAUUGGAACCAUUGUUUGAAACCUAAAUCCUAAAUCAUAUUCUAAUUUUUGUUAGCCAGGGACCUUAGAUGAACCAUUACUGAUUAAUUUUCCGAGGCAAAUAUAGGGACACAAAAAUAAGUUGCAAAUAGUGUCAUAAUUCUUGCCAAGUCGAAGUGAUGCGGAUGACUUGAAUUUUGACUGGUGCAAACUUGGCAGGCAAGGAAAGGAAGCAUAUAUUAUAUCAAAUGUUGGUGAUGACCGAGGGAAUCACAGUAUCUGCCGCAGCUCACUUUCCUUUCUUCCUGUCUGAAAACAACAAAAAACUCUGCUAGGACAUAGCAAGAUCCUCUCGGGAGUCAACCAAACCCUCUUACUUCGCAUAAGUAAGACUCAAACCUCAGUCUCUUUUAGUUUCUUUUCUGUGCUAGAGCUUUGAUUCCAUUGUAAAUCUCUGCUAAGGUCUCAUUUUGUCUCCUUGUUCUGUUGUGCCAGCUCCGUAAGCCAUAAGCUGAAAUUGUACUGUGGUGCUCCUCUUUGAUGCCUGUUUUGUUUGGCUAGCAUCUAUCCCGAUAAGGAAAGUUAGGGUUUUCACGUUUUUGAAGUAUAUUGUUUGUAUUUGCUUCUGUUUCAUGAUUAAAUGCUUGGUUGACAUGUGUGCUUUUAUGAGAAUGAACUGGAUGUUGUUUGUACUGUUUUUCUUCCUUGCAUGCGUGAACAAGUGAAGGACCUGCUAUACUCGUCCAAACGAGUAGCUUUCGCCUAAACAAGAGUAACAUAUAUCCACCACUGUCUCUGCUCGAGUUGUCGCUCUGGCGAGGAACUUCAUUUUUGAGUGAAGAGUAAUCUCGCUCAAGCGAGAAGGUCCUGCUUAGACGAGAAUUUGCAGAAAGUUCAUUGUGUUACUGUUGAAGUUUCCGCUCAGUCGAGAAGGCCUAGCUUAAGCAGAAUGGUGUAGACUUGUUUUUAAUUACUUUGUUUAAUUUGUGAUUGACUGUAUAUCUUGAGAAUGCAUGAAGUAUAUGACUAUAAGUGAAGAGUAAUCUCAUUUAGGCGAGAAGGUCCUGCUUAGGCGAGAAUUUGCAGAAAGUUCACUGUGUUACUGUUGAAGUUAUCACUUAGACGAGAAGGCCUAGCUUAAGCCAAAAUGGUGUAGACUUGUUUUUAAUUCCUCUGUUUAAUCUGUGAUUGACUGUAUAUCUUGAGAAUGCAUGAAGUAUAUGGCUAUGAGUGUCUUAUGGGAUUUUAUGAAUUUAAAUUGAUGUGCUCGGUAUAAAAUAAAUCAUGAACUGGUUGGUUGGUUGUGCAUUGGCAUGAGGUUAUGAUGUUUUGAGAUAACAUGUGGAUUUGGUGUGAGAACAUGGAUGUGACAUGAGUUAGACGCAAUCACAUGAGCUUCUUGGGGAUGCCUCAUGGUGGUGUUGUAGUGUAUAUAAUCAGAUAAGGAUUCAAGUAAGGUUGCAUCCUGAAACUCUAAAGAAUCAGUUAGUCUCACAUAGAACAAAUUGAUUUCAAUUGGUGAGAGUAGCAUGAGAUCCUAGUCUUUGGCAGGAUAACGACCUUAGAUGAUCAUGGAUUAUGUGUUAACCUUGUGCGUGGUAGGAUGAAACCCAUUGGCAAUGGCUCUGUAGAGCAGUAGAGGCCACCACAAGUGCAAGCAUUCCAUGAAUCCAAUCUCUUUAUAUGUAUCCGGAUAAUUGAGUUUGAGGGUCUUGCAUUAUUUGACUUCACGUCUUUUGUGCUUACUUGAAAUGUAUGUUUAAAAAUCUACUUGUAUAUAUAUAUGAUGAAAAUUAUUUUUAUCUCUAGCUUACCCUUUUUCUCUGUGUUUGUGUUCUCUGUUUGACUUUUCCUUUUGCAAUGAUCACCAAAUACUUGGUGUGAGCAGACAUGGAGAUUCCUGGAUAUCGCUCAAAUGGUGUUGAUGCUGCUGUCUCGUUUGGGCGUGGCUGCUAAAGCUCUUUUGAGCACCUUUUUGUUGAACUGUUUUAUUUUGCAAUUUCUUGCUAUGUGAGUAAUCUCUAGUUAAACUGUUUUAUGUUUUGUCUAUGUUCAAGGCAUACGUUCUGCCUUUGGGUAUCCUUCCGGUAUAUUACGGAUAACUCUAAGUUAAUUCUAAUAUACUUUGUCGGUGUUCUAUUUUUU